UUUUCCAAUUAACGUCCAAAAUAUAUGUAAUAAUAAUAAUAUUACUUCAGAUUGGAGGGUUUGUUGUACAUUUUGGACAAAGUCUUCCUUUAAAUACCGCUUUGAUCUUUUAUACUCGUUUGCAUGUGUUGAUGUCCCAGUCACCAAUCAACUUCAACGGUCAUAUGGCAGAUUUUAUAGAAAUGGACACAGUGUAGUGCCGGAGAAAAGGAGUCGGAGUGUCGGACAUAGGAACAAAACUUGUUUUAUUGGCAGACAUAAAAAAAAAAACACUCGCAUAACGGCGGGAACUCUGUGAACUCUCACUCCGGAAAAGCAACAACAAAAACAGUCCGUGCGCAACCGCACCCCAGCUAGUGGUCACGCGGGUGAAUUAUGUAAACACCACUGCAGGAAAUAUAGUGCAUUUUAUAUGCAACUUUAUUUUUGUAUAUGUUAAUCGGAAAUAUAUCGAAGCCUUUUUUAAAGCGCUUUUUCAUGGUGAGUCCAUUGAGAUGCCCCGUUAAAUAUGGCGCACGCACUGACGCGUUCUCGAAAUUGUCCAACCCGCUCCUGGCGGCGUCUAUAUGAGGUCUAUGGCGCUCCACCCCCCCUCUGUGGCGUUUGCUCAAGAUGGCGGCGUUCGGCGCAGACCGUUGGCUCAGCGGCUUAGCAAAUCACGACAUUUUCAAGAAAAUACGCGACAAGUUGGGCUCGGAGCCCAAGUCGUCCGAGGGAGCGGUGGCGAAGAAUCUUAUCUUUUGCCUGGACGGCGACUUUUUCUUGUGGGACGACGCGGACCGCGUGUUUUACACGACAUGUCUGCGCCAGUUGAACACAGCGGAGGAGCAGGACGGCGGCAGCUUCCAGACGCUGAUGUCUAUCAACCCUCCUCGCUUUCCGGUGUGCCAGCUCCUUGUCAGCCCCACGCAGGUCCACGUCGCGCUCGUGGGCCAGCGGGGCGUCUCGGUGCUGGAGCUCCCGCAGCGUUGGGGCAAAAGGUCCGAGUUCGAGGGCGGACGCAGAUGCGUCAACUGCAAGACCAUCCCGGUGGCCGAGCGCUUCUUCACCAGCUCGCCGUCGGUGAGUCUUCGCCAGGCGGCCUGGUACCCGAGCGAGAGCGACGAGCCCCUCCUAGUGCUGCUGACGUCCGACAACACCAUCCGCUUUUACGGCUUGAGGACCCCCCAGGCUCCGGUGAAAGUGGUGCCCGUGUCGCAGUGCGAUGACGACAGCAGCGUUCAGGUGCCGGCCCGCUCCUUCGCGGCCUCACUGGGGGAGGUCGCCGUGGCCUUUGACUUCGGUCCGGUGACCUACGUGAGGGAGAGGCCCGUCUACCCGCUCUACAUCCUCUACGAGAACGGCGAGACGUACCUGUGCCACACCAGCCAGGUGAACACUGUGAGCGUGGGGAAGCGCGUGGGCCCCCUCCCCAUGUACCCCGCUGCCGAGGACAACUACGGCUACGACGCCUGCGCCAUCCUCUGCCUGCCCUGCGUGCCCCGCAUCCUGGUCAUCGCGACAGAGACGGGCAUGCUGUACCACUGCGUGGUGCUGGAGUCGGACGAGGAUGAUGACGACGACGACCACCACCACGCGGGGCUCAGGUGGAUAACAGGCAGGGUGCCGGCCCUCUACGUGUUUGAGUGCGUGGAGCUGGAACUCACCCUCAAGGUGGCGGCGGGCAACGACUGCGAGGACAACCUGGACUUCACCUGCCCCAUCCGCCUGCACCGGGACCCGCUGUGCCUGCAACGCUACCACUGCACCCAUGAGGCGGGCGUCCACAGCGUGGGACUCAUCUGGGUGAACAAGCUGCAGACGUUCCUGUGGGCAGGCGACGAGGACAAGGACUGCCUGCCCGAGCUGGCGGCUGAGCGGCGUUGCGCAGUGGAGCACAUCGUUUGCACCCGGCCCCUCGCCGCCAGCCGCUCGGCCCCGGUGCGAGGCUUCCUCAUCGUGUCGGACCUCUCGCUUGGACCCACCAUGAUCUGCGUGAGCGCUGCCUACGAGUGCAUCCUGCUGCCCUUGCUCAGCUCCAUCCGGGCGCCCUCGCCUCCAUUGCUGUGCAGCCAGUCCAACACGGGGCCGGCCAGCUCGCCUCUGCGCGGCCUGGCCGGAAGCUCCUUCGAGCAGCAUGUCCGCAACAUCCUGGCGCGGGGCUCCACCAACCCGCUCCUACUCAAGGCUGGUGACGGGGAGCCUUCGCCCCAGGAGCGCCUCCAGCUCUUAAGUAGAGCCACGCAGGUGUUCCGCGAGGAGUACAUUCUGAAGCAGGACAUGGCGCGUGAGGAGCUCCAGAAGCGCGUCAAGCUCCUGCGAGGCCAAAGGGCCAAGCAGCUGGAGGACUUGGCGCAGUGCCGAGAGGAGCGCCGGAGCCUGCGCGAGGAGGCCGAGCGGUUGGCCGACAAGUUCGAGGACGCAAAGUACCGGCAAGAGGCUGUGGGCGAGCGCGUCAAACGUGUGCUGGCCGGCCAGCAGGUCCGCCUGCCCAUCCUGUCCAACAGUGAGAAGGACAUGCGCAAGGAGCUGCAGGCCAUGAAGGAGCAACUCAGGCACUUGGACAUCGGCAUCAAGCAGGUGAAGAUGAAGAUGGAGUACCAGAAGACCCAGGUGGACAGGGAUGCGCCCGUACCUGGCGCCGCUCCCGGGAGGGCCUCCAUCUCGCUGAGCGCCGCGCAGAAGAAGGUGGUGCAGGACGUGCUCCGAGAAGAGGGCCAGCAAAUCGUGGACAUAAUGAAGAGGGUCAAGGAGAUGUUAUGCCUCAUCGCCAUGAGGAGCUCCGACUUGUACUUGAGCAACAAGUGAGAUGUUGCCAAUGUCGCAGACUUCACUUUUGAUAACGCCCUGUUUGUACUGUCGCAAAAUGCAGCAUAUUUGGAAUAUUUUAUUCUAGUUCAUAUUUGCAUUUUUGUCUUUACAAUGCUAGCUUUGUAUGUUGAAUAAAAAAAUGGGAAAAGUUGAAA